UAUAAAUAUAUAUGUAUGUAUAAAAAUACAUAUGCAAACGUGUGUAUGCACCUUUAUAAGGUUGAGCAUUUCUCACAAGUGAGAGAUAUUUUUAUAUUUCCACUCUUUAUUCUUUUUCCUCCUGCAUUACCAUGUCUACUGCUGGAAAUUCCAAAAGAAAUACUGUGUCUUAGUGAAUUUAUUUUUUCAUUCAUACACUAAUAUAGUCAGAACUGAAUGAUGCAUUAUAGAGAAUGUGGUGAUGAUAAAUCAACAUUUUUAUCUCUCACCUUUUGGAAUUGAAAGUCCUCACAAUGUCGUUGUUGAAAAACCUGCUUCUAUAUAUAUCUUAGCAUACAUCCUUUUUCCUUAGGUUUCUGCUAAGUGUGCUGUGUCCAUAGAGUUUCCAGUGGAAACUCUGACAAGACCAUAUGUGUUGUCCUGCUGCUACACUUGUUUGUUUGUUUCUUUACCUUGGAUUAUAUUUUUGGUUGGUGUACAUAUUUUCUAAACAUUGGGCUUUGAAAUGUGAUAUCCUUAUUAGAGAACACUUAUUCCACAGGAGGAAUCCAGUUUCUUAGAAUUAUGAAUUGUGUCUUAGCAUUGAAUACCAUAAUUUCCUCGCGCAGAAAAUAUGUUGAGUUGUGUGGAUUUAUAAGGUGGCUGUAGAAAUGACAUUGUAAGUAUAUAACAGUUUGUGAAGAUAUGGAAUUUUAUAAUAGUGCUAGAAAAUGAUGGGUUGUUUUUUUUUUUUGUUUGUUUGUUUGUUUUUUUGAGAGUUCCAACUAAAGUUGCCUGUGGGUAUAAGGAUAUAUAGAAAAAUGUUCGAAAUGACAUGCCUUCAGAGAUGUUGCCAAAGAAGGACUGCAAUGGGUUGACUAAUUCUUAGCCUUAUGUAUUAUGCCAGGUUAAUACACUGGGGAUUAUUUUUCUUCAUUUAAUUGGCAUAUGCUUCAUUUAAUAAAAAAAAUUUAAAUAUUCAGUCAGGUCUGUGGGAAACAAAGAUAUAAUACACAGAAUAUUGUAAGUGCUGUUAAGCUUUAUAUUUGAAUGCUGUGGUAUAAUCAAAUCUGACUUUAUGUUUCUGUUGUGUUAGCUGUGAUUUUGAUAUGAACAGCGCAUCAUGGUGAUGAUGAGUUAAAUAUUAACUAUAUCAAUCAGGUGACUGUUUCUGAGAACAUAACUAUGUAAAAAUUACUUUAAAAAAAACGCAGAUUUUCAUCUGGGGAAGAGGCAAGAUGGCGACAGGUGGCAGAGCAGAGGAAGAUCUGCAGCAGGGCCGCCUGCAGAUGCUGCUCCCCGCGCAGCCUAUGGCCCAGGCUGAAGAAGCCCAGGGCACAGGAGAGAAGAUGGGCUGGGCACAGGUAGUAAAGAACCUGGCAGAGAAGAAGCACGACUUUCGUGAGCCUUGGCGGGGAGAAGGAAGGGGCAGAGGUGCGGUGGUCAGGCUGGGCAGCCCUGCAGGCCUGGCCGCUCCGAACCCCGGCAUCUUCCCACCUGCCGGCCGCGGGGACCCUAGGGGCUGCAGUAGAGACCCUGCGGGCUACGCGGCAGAAGCUUGCAGGAUGCAGGAAGCAGGAGACGGGAAUCAGAGGAAGAUGGCCGAGGUGGCAGUGGCAGCGGAGGCAGCGGCAGCGGCGGCCAUGGCGUCCCCCUCCCCCGCCAGGCCUGGCGAGACCCAAGAUGCAACUGCGGAGAUAACACUGCAGGAUGAGCCAGCAGCGGCCAUGCCGGGUAAGGGCCGCUUCCUUGUGCGCAUCUGUUUCCAGGGAGAAGAGAGUGCCUGUCCGACCCGGGAUUUCGUGGUGGGCGCGCUCAUCAUGCGCUCCAUCGGCAUGGAUCCUGGGGACAUCUAUGCUGUCAUCCAGAUCCCUGGCAGCCGCGAGUUCCAUGUCAGCUUCAGAUCUGCAGACAAGCUUGCCCUGUUUCUCCGCACCUAUGAGGAAAAGCGGGAGCUGGACGACUGCUGGGAGAACUUUGUCGUGCUGGGGCAGAGCAAGACCGGCUUGAAGACCCUCUUCAUCCUGUUCCGGAAUGAGACUGUGGAUGUGGAGGAUAUUGUGACCUGGCUCAAGCGCCACUGCGACGUGGUGGCCUUGCCAAUGAAAGUGAUUGACAGGUUUGGGAUUUGGACUGGGGAGUACAAGUGUGAGAUUGAGCUGCGCCAGGGGGAGGGCGGAGUGAAGCACCUGCCUGGCUCCUUCUUCUUGGGAACGGAGAGGGGCUACAGUUGGUACAAGGGGCAGCCCAAGACGUGCUUCAAAUGUGGUUCCCGAACCCACAUGAGCAGCACCUGCACGCAGGACAGGUGUUACAGGUGUGGGGAGGAGGGGCACAAGAGCCCUUACUGCAGGAAGAUCGUCAUGUGCAACCUCUGUGGCAAGGGAGGACACAUGUUUGCUCAGUGUCCCAAAGCAGCUCACAAUUCCAUGCGCUUCUGCCUGCCAGGUUGAACACACAGCCAGCUUACCCUUCUUAAGUGCCAAAACCUUUUUUUUUUUUUUUUCUUUAAGAUCAUUUUUCCCUUUUUGGAAGGAAACUUGCCACACUUUUUUUUUGGAAGGAGAUAUUUCUAAAACUUAACAGAGACAUUCGCUAUAUGCCUUUUUAAAACCACGUGUGCUUUUUUCCAGGCUGUUUAAAAAGGACUGUUCAGAACUGUAGUGUGCAGAUAUGAUGCCUCCCCCACCACCACCACCACCUUUUUUCUUCUGUUUUACAUUGGUUUUGGUACUUUCUUCAACACCCUGCCUGCCUCUGUACUUUUACUACCUCCUGCUUCAUCCAUGUCUCAUCAGAAGAUUUUUGCCCUUUGGACUGCUUUGCUCAGUUUUAUGCCUCAGCCCUGGGUACAGGGCCCAAUGCAGGAUAGGCUUUCAAUCAAGCGUUUAUUCAAUUGAAAAUGUAGUCCACUAGCUCUAUCUAGAGUGCCUACCUUGUGGAGCUCUCCGCUGAGCUCUUUUUAUUUGCUGCUUCUAUGUGAUAUGAAAAUUUGUGAAAACAGUGUUGCUGGAAGUGUGUAAUCCAAAUAAGCUCUGAAAUGUGGCCAAAGGCCUCUCAUAGCAUUUAAUCCUAUCUCCUUUGUGACAGUUCCUUAUGGCUCAGAAGCCAUAAUUCUGUAGGAGUGUGGAGCUUAGGCAGUUCUUCUGGGAAUGACACAAGAGGUGAAUUUUUUUUUUUUUUUUGGAUUUUCUUUGGGGGAGCUUGCUUUUGUUUUGUGUAUUGAUUUGAGAUAGGGUCUCACUCUGUAGUCCUGACUGGUUUGGAACUGGCUGCAUUCCUGGACCAGUUAAAUGAUUGGGUCAAAGUUAACAGUGGUGUGGUGCGUCAGACAGUGCACAGUAGAGUCCACUGCCCCCUUGCCUGAUGCUCAUCCCAGUACCUCUCACACUUCACAACAGUCUCCUUGACAAUGGUGGGCCAAGGAAGUCUCUCUCCAGGGAGACGUCCCAGCAUGAAGCUGAGACACCAGCCCCUGAAAGAGCAGAAAGAGAAGCUUGUCUUGCCACUUCAUAGUAAGCGACCUAGGGAAAGGACCAGCGAACACACUGCAGGCUGCAUGCAUGCAUCAGUCCUUGGAGUGAGUGCCACAUCUUCAAUGUUCCACUGUCACUGUCAGCAUUGAGAAAUGGUUACCCUCAGGAAAGAAACUUGCCAGACUUUUACAUUUGCACCUCUUCCUCAUCUACUAGGAACCCCAGAGAAGCUAGAGAGAGCUCAUCUGAAACCUUCGACCUCUGAUGCUCAGGAGAAAGGUGGUUUUAACCCAGAAUCAUGAAUGAGCUGUAAAGUGGAAAAUGUUCUUGGGGAAACAGGCCAAGAGAGAGGGCCUGAGUCAACUAAGUGUUAUCAAGUUAAAGUGAAAGACAGUAAGCUGCUUUUUUUCAGUUUUUGUCUUCUCUUUGCAGUUUUGCUAUUUUCUUGUGGCUUAGAAUGUAAAACCAGAUGUUCAGAUUUGUUCUCAAUAAAUAUUUAUCUUUCUUGCCUAUGAAAAAUCUUGAGUUGUGUGAAUUUAUAAGGUGGCCAUACACAUGACAUUGUAAAUACAUAGCAGUUUCUGCAUGUGUGGAGUUCUGUAAUAGUGCUGGAAAAUGAUGUCAUUUUUGGAGAGUUACAACUAAGGUUGCCUGUGGAUAUAAGGAUAGAUAUAGAGAAAACUAUUUAAAAUGACAUACCUUCAGCGAUGCUGCCAAAGAAGGAUUGCCUCUGGGUUCUAUAUUUCUGAGCCUAAAGUAUCAGGCUAUGUUAAUACAAUGGGAAUUAUUUUUUUCUCAUUUAAAUGAUACAUGUUUCUUUAAUCAAAAAAUUUAAAAUAUUCAGUCAUUUCUGUGGGAAGCAAAAAUAUAAUACCCUAGGAUACACUAAUUCCUGACUAGUUUUUGCAUUUGAAGGCAAUAGUACAAUCAUCAAGUCUGCCAGGAUGUUUUUUACUUGUGUUAUUUGUGAUUUUGAUAUGAACAGCGCAUGAUGAUGGUGAGUAAAAUAAUAGCUAUAGUAAUGGUUCAGGGUCUCUAAGAACAAAACAAUGUAAAAAUUAGUUUAAAAAACAAAUUUUCAAGAACGAUGAUAGAUUGUAAUUUAAUGGAAUUUUGAUGUUUUCUUUAGAAGAGACUCCCCAGCAUUGAUCAUUUUUGUAUAUGAUGUGAUUGAAACAACAACAAGAGAAACACUUCAUUUAUGCUUAGGUUUUAUUUUAGCAUUCUGAAAUCAAAUGUUGAAACUGAGCAAGUCCUAGCACCAAUUCAUAGACAUAGAAAGUUGUUCAGUAGGUGCUUACAUUAGGGAAUAUCUGUGUGUUUUUUGACAAAUAUCCAUUUUGGUAUAUUUUCCUUAUUUGCUUCUAAUAAGUAAAACCUAGUAGAAGAGUCCUUCAGCAAUCUCACUGUUGGAAAGAUAACUUUC